AUUUGAGGAGACCGAUGAAAAGAAUUACCGAACAACAUGAAGUGCUGGCCUGGUAGUGGCCAGAGACUCCUUAAUAACAGUAAAAGUCUCUUGAUCCCUCCUUGCAGAGCACAUGGAACAGUCAGUCACUGGUUUGCAGCAACUGACCAAACAGCAUCAUGGGAGUUGUUUGGUAAAACCAUCGCCUGGCUUAUGUCCCUGGCAAACUUGGCAGCGUCCUCACCACCCGAGAGAUUGUCUCUUAAAAUGCUGGUCCAAACUUUAGCACAUCCGUGGAGGAAAAAGCACACCAACUAAGCCCAUUAUAUUGAAGAGAUGGUUCUGCUGGUGGCAAUAGCAGGAGUGUUGUUGGUUCUGGGUUUAGCUCUGGAGUCAGACUCUCUCUGCUCACCCACGACGUUUUAUAAAAACUGCUGGAUCCGACGCUUCCCAGGUCUUCUGAUUGACCUACAGGAAUCGCAGAAGAGGGGUGCGCAUGUGCUGAAGAUAUAUGCAGAAGCCUCACCCCAACAGUGCAGUAGAACCUGCUGCCUUCUGAGGAAUGUUUCCUGCAAUUUGGCAGUGUUCUACCAUGGAGCAAUUAAUGAAAAUAUGAAUUGCCUGCACAUGUCUUGCCCAGCAUUGGAAAGUUGCAUACUAAAGGCUAGAAUCAAUGUCAUUUUGUACAAUAUCACACCAGGGAUCGAUCCAGAUCUUCUUAUUUUUGAAAAACUUACAUCCAAAGAGCCAAAUACUCACUCCUCACCAAGUAACUACGAAACGUAUAACAGCACAAAGACCACCGAGUGGGAAAGAUGCCAGCGUCAUAAUGCCACAUCAAGUUCUCUUCUGCUCCAAGCUCCAUUUUCUACCACUAGCAACGGCUUAAAAGCACAUACUCGCAUCCUCAGCACAAGCCUGAAGGUCAAAAAACUUGAAGUUACUACUCAUUCCUGGACAGAAACCUUUCCACUGGAUGACCAUUUUGCUAAGCAGACAAGCACAACUGCAGUAACCACUAAGUCAAUCACCAGCUCAGACAUGAAGACUGAACACUCAACUUUGAUAUCCAAGUCUGCCGAGGUAUUAUCCCACAUGCCCACUCCUCCUCGUCUGAACAGCAGUUUUAAAGAAAAGAGUGCACAUCACCUCUUUCUUCCUGCUUCACAUAAGAAGAUUUGCAGAAUUGUUUAACAGUUUGAGGUGGCAGUAUUGUAAAAGUGUCCUUUACCCAUUAAUUUAUCAUACUGAGAAGAGUGCAUUUCUGAUUAAACUCAUUUAAUCAUGCAUAUAAAAUAGUGGAAGACGUGUAAAUUCAUAAUACAUACUUAUAAUCUAUUGCUGAACUUGAAGCCACAUAGGCAAGAUCAUGGGACAUCUAAGGCAGCAUAGUUCUUGCAGAACUGGUAUCUUGCAGUACCCAUAUGAUAAUGGGUGACAUUCAAGACAGGAAGCCUCAGAAGUGAAUGCAGGACAUCCUCUCUCCCUUCCUCCUGUACAAUUACGAUAUCACUGCUUUCAGACAAAUAUUAUGCAAUAUAACAAAAACUGAGACAGGUUCUAACAUACUACAACACUUUUAUUCUACAAGACUUCCACCAAUUUCAUUGUACCCGAAUUGUUAAUAUCUAUUCGUAUUCUGCUCUUCUUGUUAAGUUUGGGUUGAUACCUGAACGCCCCCCAAAAUAUCUGAUGAUAGUGCAGUGUGCUGCAGAGUCAAUGGUGGUAGGCUUCUUCCAGCCUGUUUAACUCCAUUUGCUAAAAAUGACCCUCCAUAGCAGCUUGUAUUGAGCAAAAAGGAGAAAAGGUAGCCAUAAAGGACAGAUACUAGUAGCAGAAUCGUUUUUUUUUAAAAAAGGAAAUAAACACAGAAUCAUAAACUACUGGAAAAGUGAGAACUUGCUAUUCUUACAUCAGGGAUGUAAGAAUUGUUGUUUACCUACAAAUGAAAACUAGCAAAGAAAUCCUUUCACUGGACGUGAUACACUCCAACAUUCCAGAAACACGAAUCUCUGCAAGAAGGCAUUAAAUUUGAUGGAAAUAUGUCAUAGGCAAUAUACUACUUGUUUUAAAACAAGUGGGGUUUUUGCCUCCUUCUCCUCUCAGAGAAGCAACUUCCAUCUGAUCAUUGAUCAGUUCUGUGAUCCACAGCAAGUCAGUCAUAGCUGUCAUGGUAUCCUCAUCUCCAGAUUAGUAACUGCAAAGUGCACUUAAUAGCACCUUGAUGCUCCAUUGAUGCUUACCCUCAAUAUUACGGUCUGUGGAAUCAUAUAAUGGAACUAGGAAAUCAAUACUAACCACAAAAGGAAAAUGAGACAGAAGUGAAACUUUAUAUCUGUCCCACACACAAAUGCUUCUUGGGCAGGAUGGAAUGACUAGAGUAUUCAAGAUUGUGUUCCGGAGGGUCGUCUUGGUUUAUUGGCAUACGGAGAAAAAACAGGCAGGAAAAAGGGUUUUAUAAAGCACAGUAGCAAGGCCAUUUUAUUACAGAUUAGGACAUGCACAAGAAAAUAAGUGUAUACAUUUUGAGGGAAAAAAGCAGGUGGAACAAAUGGUUUGUUCAGACUGCCCCUUUAGCUCUUGUGUUUGUAGCAAUGCUAUGCAUGAAAACGGGGCAAAUAGUAUCAACUCCAGUCAGGAGUAUAAAUUAGUUCCCUGAAGACCAUAAGAUAUCUGCAGAGGUUUACCAACCCUUCACAUGCAGCCAGUCACAUUCUGGUCUUAGGGUCUGGUGAGGUUACAAGUGGUUUUAACAUCUCCUCUCCUUGCCAAAGUCUGAAUUAUGUUUCCAUACAAGUCUUCUUGUCUUAUCUGACAUUAUGCUUAGUGCCUGAGAGUGUGAUACAACAUUGACAAACAACCUCAAGAAACUAUUCAGAGACACUUUGAAUAUUUCACUUCACACCUUAGCACAGUGUUUACUAAAGACAUCUUAUGCCAGUGAUUACAGCAGUUUCUAGAUGCAAAAAAUCGGCCAGAAUACUGACAAAGCAAGUUCUUUUUCAGUUUGACCAAGCGCUAGAUCUCAACCUUUCUUUGGAAUGUUUAUACGGGAGAUAAAAGAAAGGUUAGUCUCUUCAACAGCACCAGCAAAACUAUGCAUCACAGCUAUUCCAGAUGGCCAAGAACUUAACUUGUGCAAGGCUUUUUUUUUCCACUGGAGACAGCUUAUUUUUCCUUGCAGUAAGAAACUCACUUUUCCAGUUUGUGGGGGCAAGUGUUUGUAUUUGAAAUGAGACAUCUGCUACUUGGAGGUUAGAACAGCGACCGCAAAGAAGUGCAUAAAGUAGCCUUCCUGCUCAAGUUUCAUUCUAUGAUGGACAGAGUUGCCCGAGGUCAAGGCUGUAAUGAACUAGAUCCAUGUUCCUCUCGGCCGGUAAAUACCAGAAAAAGAAUUACCUAUGGAUACAGCUGAUGCUUAUAGAUUAUGUGGGUUUUUGUUCCUCCUUGCUUCCAAAUUUAUACACUGGGGGAGUGGCCUAGUCUGCUUCUUGGUUUAAGCAUCUUCUAUUUACAUUUCUAUUUAAAAGUAACAUGAGCACUUCCAUGUCACAGAGGAAUAUACAUACGCACAGGUAUGUACAGGGAUACAUACUUAUAGAGUCACGCCUUUACAUUACAAUGUACAUGAUACAUUAAUAAGAGACCAUUGCUAACAAUGUACUUUACUUAUUACUGUGCUGCAGAGUUGCUUAAGCUGUAUCUAUUACUCUUUACUCUUCAGUAUUUAAAAUUCAGUGGGUUUCAAUGAGUUGGUCUGCAAAAGGAGAAUAAAGAAGUGUAGUUUAGUUCAUAAAACCACAUUAUAUUACACAUCAAGGUUGAGAAAACUCCUACUGUGGUUACAAACUCCAGUGUUCUAGGUAUUCUACAUAAUCACAGAGAAAUACUGCUACCUUCAAACACAAACGCUUUGAAGGGAGAAGCAGAAAAACAGGAGAAACGGAUAUCCAAGAUGAGAAAGCUUGAAUGGGCACUUACAGGAUUAUAAUGUUUUUUUAUUUUGCUCCUACGUUUCUUAGAAAGGAGAGGGAGUGAAGAUGACAUUGAAAAACCAUGGUUGGAAGUCAAACUUGCAGAUUUCUAAGGCCAUCUGGCCAAGUGUUCUACAGCCAUAGGGUCAUUAGGCCAGAUACCUACUGAAAAACUGGUAUCUUUGACAAUUUCUGAUGGUAAAUGUAGUAAGGAAACAUAGUGAAUUAACCCAAACUUUGUUUUUGACCAGUAGGGAUAAUCUAAUGUUGAUAGAGACAUUUGAAUAUCUUGACACUUGGCAGACAGCCAUGUUUUAUCCUGCCUGUAUUAAAGCAUUUAUAGAAUUUAUUUGGGCUAAGCUUCAACACUUUAGCAGAAACUCCAGAAGCCUAUGCAUUUUAGGUCUUCCAUGAAUUAGAUGUGAAGCUAAUCAAACACUAACAUCAUCAAAUGAAAAAUCAAUUUCCCUUUCUGUGUUGUUCUUUCUACCAGCCAUUAUUAUUAAUAAAAUCAACCAUUAUUUUAACUACAACUUUCACACAGAGUUCUGCUUAGGUCCAUUUAAAGACUAUGCAGAGCAAAGGAAAACUGAAUUAUCAUCUGGUACAGAGAGGAUUUUACCAGGUGCUUGUAUAUCCUCAAUACACAAGAACAAUUUUAUGGAUAAAAGCAAGCUCACAGGAUUUUAGGUUUCUUAAAACAUUCUGGGUAUUACUCAUGACAGUCUGGUUUAAGACAUGCCACUGCACAACAGAAAAUAGUUACACAUGCUUGCUAGUCUGCCAGUCCUUAUGCAAGCACCGACAAAGCUAAUUAAGGAAACAAAUUUCUCUUGUGUACAUAUUAGAACCAAACUGCCUUUGGAAUAAAGCCAGGCAAAACUCCACCACCCAUACCAUCCUCUGACUCAAACUGCAGUUACUUCCUCAGUAAUUUUGGUUUCAUGGCUGUUAAAGAAAGAUUAGGGAUUACACAGAUGUACUAUUUCAAAUAAGAAUUUUAAACAUUACCCCCUUUAUCUCUGAAUAACGGAACAACCUGAUAACAACCAAAACUCUCCCCAUAUUAAGCCUCUACUAAACCUUCACAUUAAUGCAAAUCUAAGAGAAAGGAACAGUAAAUAACCAAGCUGGUAAGUGCAAAAUUGGGAUUACCGGACAAGCAUUAUCAAUCUUAGCUACAGGCCUGGUAAACUCUCAUAGGGGGUAAAAAGCUGCAUUACACUAAUCUCCUGCCACACAAAAACAACCUCUAUCUGAGAAAAAUCCUUCCAGAACUGACAACGUUUUGGAAGUGGGAAUGCAUAUACUCUUUGGCUGUACAUAAACGUAAAACGAACAAUAAGAAAUUCUAGCAGUGAGCGAGUCCAGUCAUGCAGAACACACUGCAGAAAUCAAUUCCUAUAGGAAUUUAUUUUAAUUUUUAAUUUUUCAAUCUCCUAAUUCUUAUGCUGUUUCCUCUCAAAAGAGUUGCUGGCAGGACCACAGUGCUAGGUUCUUCUAUAGUUAUGCAGGAUUCUUAAGCCUGAUAAAUAAAAUCUCCCUGCUCCUUCCAGAAAAUGAAGACUUUCAAUCUAAGCUGAAAUUUUAGUAAGCCAAGAAGGUACAAUAAGAGGAAGAAGAGAGUCAUUUAGGGCCUUUCAAGUUGAUAUUUUUAAGGUUUUUUCUUCUUCACUGUAAGAAAUCAAUAAAAGUUGUCUGUGAUUCAUUUUUCAAAUCAAUUCCUUUCAAACACAAAUUACCAAAUAUAAGAUAAAUAGCCAUAUGAUUUCUUCCUCUGUGCUUCACAGCACCAAGCUGAGUUCUACAAAUGUUUUUUUUCCUUGAAGUGCCUGGGUACAUUCAAGACACAACUCAGCAGACCUCAGGUUACCAAGGCUCACUCCACGUCUACUUAAGCUAUACACUCACCUCACUAAUCACCAUUUCACUUUCAGCAACUCUGAUCAUUCUUCCUUUCCCAUGUACUUUGAUAUCCUGUUAAUAUAACUGCUACUUCACCUUCCCACUACUAUACCAUUUUCUACCUUAUUUAAUUCCAUCAUUUUAGAGACAGGUAUUUUUACUUAGGGUGUUUGUUAGCACUAACAACAACCAAGAACCUCACACUACUUACUCAUUGUGCUUCAACACCUCUCCAGAAGUUAAACUUCUUAAGCAACAUUAUCUUCGUUUUAUAGACAGGGAGUACAGAUAGAGAAAAAUCUGAGUGACAUUUGAGAAGUAUUUAGGAAGUUUAGAGCCCUUA